CUAGUCCUCUUCCCUUCCCAAACUAUACUGCAAUAGUAUUACUUUCAGGAUGGUGGACGGUGAGAAGGGUGGUACUGCAACAGUCUGAAGAAUGAGAUGAUCCAAAAGUGUUUCCGGAAACAAACUUCGCGCUUUGAGUUUGAAAGGAAGUUGUAAGGCUGUUUGACUGUGCGCGAAGCUAACUUUGGAUGUCCAUCUGUUGCUUCUAAAUAACCGUUGACGAUGGAAAACUUCAUCCUCUAUGAGGAAAUUGGAACAGGAAGCAAGUCUGUGGUUUAUAAGGGGAGAAGGAAAGGAAGCAUCAAUUUUGUUGCAAUUAUUUGCAGCGACAAGUCAAAAAAACCUGAAAUUACAAACCAUGUGAGGUUAACCCACGACUUAAAACACGAGAAUGUGGUAACCUUCUAUGAGUGGUAUGAAACCAGUAACCAUCUUUGGAUCGUGGUGGAGCUGUGCACAGGGGGUUCGCUGGAGGCAGUCAUCGCACAGGAUGAAUGCCUGUCAGAAGAUGUAGUGAGGGAUUUUGGCAUCAAUAUGGUCAAAGGUUUGAGAUACAUACAUGAUGCUGGCAUCGUGUUCUCCGACCUCAGUCCUUCCAAGAUCCUGCUGGAUGGUCCUGGCACAUUGAAGUACUCUAACUUCUGUCUGUCUAAAGCCGAGGGGGAGAAUUUGGAGGAGUUUUUUGCUUUAGUCACAGCAGAAGAAACAGAUGGAGGGUACAGCAGAGAAAAUACAUCUAGAAGAAAUAUCAAAAACAGAAUCCAAGGGUCUCCAAUAUACUGUGCGCCAGAGGUGGUCAAUGGAGGGGACUUGACUGUCAGUAGUGAUCUGUGGGCUCUGGGAUGUAUAUUCUAUGAGAUGUUUUCAGGGAAACCGCCAUUCUUCUCCGAGACCUUCUCUGUGCUGAUUGAGCUGAUAUUACACAUGGAUCCCCCGUCUCCUAUGCAAAGGGGGGUGUCCCUCUGCAAGCCUUCAGAAGAGUUCCAAUCCUUGAUUAAAGGCCUGCUUGAAAAAGACCCCCAGAAGAGGAUGAACUGGACUCAGUUACUGGCCCACCCAUUCUGGAAAGGAGCGUUUUCUGAGGUCCAUACCAGCUUGGAGGAUGAUGUCUCAUUCAGUUCCAGUGUGGAGAGGCGAAGAGUCUGCUCCUCUAGCCAGUCAUCAGCAGUGAGAUCAGUCUCAGUCUCCUCCCUGGGUCCAGGAGAGGAGUACAGGGGGACUCUGGGAGGGACUGCAGGGGGCGAGGAGCCUGUCUGUAUGCACCCCAACAAAUCAUUCCGAUUAGACAAUCUGACGGAGCUUAGACCAAAGAGUGCGUUGGACAAAGAUGCUAGGGAAUCCAUAUUUCUCCUCAGCUCUCGUCCAAGAAUGAGUUGCAGGGCAGGAGAUACAUCUGACAAGUCACCGUUACCUCAACACAGUGUGGUGGUCAGUGGUCUAACUGGCUUCAGAUCCUGUAUUAAGGACCUGGUGUACACUGACUCUGACCUGACUGUCACACCGAUUAUGGACAACCCCAAGAUUCAGAAGACUGCUCCCGUGCGAUAUGACCCAAAGACGUUGUGUGUCCCGGCGUACUCAGCGGAGAAGCUGUCCUGUAUGAGCCCAGAGGACUGGAGGAAGUUUCUGCAGCUGUUGGGCUCCUCUCUGGAGGCCCCUGAUGACAAGACCACACCAGGGGCCCGCUCCAGACUCAACCUCCUGUGCUAUCUGUGUGUCAUCGCUGCCCACAAGGACACAGCCACCAGGAUCGUCCACUCCCGCCUGUUCCCUGUGCUGACCCAGCAGCUGCGAAUUUCACCUAACUGGGACGUGAAGACCAGGGUGAUGCGAGUUCUGGGUCUGUUGGCGUCCCACUGCAGUGAACUCCGAGAGGAGGCCCCUGUCAUCGAGGCUGUUGCCAUGUUCAUUGAGCUGAUCAGGGAAAACUUCAGGAACAGCAAACUGAAGCAGUGCUUGCUGCCGCCUCUAGGGGAGCUACUGUACCUCAUUGCCACACAGGAGGAGAAGAAAGAGCACCCAGGAGAGCUGUGGGUCGUUCCUGCUGCCGCCUACACAGUGUUAAUGAGGUGCCUUCGGGAAGGGGAGGAGCUGGUGGUGAACCACAUAGCAUGUAAGAUCGUGGAGAACGUGUGCACCACCCUGUCCCACCACGCCCAAGGCUUCAUCACCGUGGAGAUCGGCCCCAUGCUCUGGUACCUGUUCACUCACUCCACCGUCGACUCACUACGGGUCAGCGCCAUCUCCGCCCUGUGCAGAAUCACCCGCCACUCAGUCGGCGCCUUCCAGAGUGUGAUUGAAAAGGUGGGGCUGCCGGCCAUCCUGGCCAGGCUGGUGUCAGGCAUCAGCCGUGUCCAGCAGAACCUACUCACCAUGUUCACCGCCAUGCUGUCUUCUGGGGCCCACGCACACCUCCACAGGCUGGUGCAGGAGCGGGACUUUGUGUUGAAGAUAAUGCGUUCCCUGGAGAGCCCGUCGUCCAUCAUCAGAGCCAAGGCCUUCCUGGUUCUCCUGCAGGUCCUGUCCAGUAACAGGGACAUGCUGCUGCUCUGUUGCAACUCCAGGCUGGUGAUGUACAUUGAAAGAGACAUCAGAAAGGCCACACCAGGGAAAGAGCAACAAAGCAACAAUGAAUACCUGUCAAAAUGCCUGGAUCUGCUCAUUCGUCACAUGGUGCUGGAGCUGCCAGACAUUCUGGAUGACAUGCUGUCUGCCCUGGGGAGUGUGGUCGGCAGGAAGCACCCCUCCACUGUCCAGGCCAAGCAGCUGAAGCAGAGUUUGCCCAUGAUGACUGUGGUGCUCCAGCUCCUAACUUCACAGAUAUUCAGGCCACAGGUUCUGACUGAGGAGUUUCUCUUGAAAUUUGGAGCAUUGCUGAAUCACAUAACAUCCAUUGAUGCCAGUGAGACCAGUCUGGGCAGUGCAAUAGGACAAGUUGGUUCUGAGGAACUGAUCAGGAAUACUCUGUCGGCUGUGGAAGCCAUCACCCAGCACCCAGCCCUGCUGACGCCCCAUCACGGCACUGUUGUUGACUGCAUUCUUCCUCCACUGACUUCCCUAGCCUUCAGUGAAAAUGUGGAGUGGCGUGUCGUCAGCCUGCGGGUUCUGUCGGAGAUCGCACUGCUGCUGCUGAGUCAAGAGGCCGUGGAGGAGGGAGAGAGAGCGGAGGAGCAGGGGGAGAGAGAGGAGGAGGAGAGGAGAAACGGAGAGGAGGAGAGGGAAAGAGUGUGCAACUCUUCAACCGGCAGACUUCUGACUCUCAUUACCCAAGCCCUUCUUCCACAGUAUGAGUCCCUGCUGUUGGAGCCUGAUCCAGUACCAGUCUACGCUCUCAAACUACUGGUGGCCCUGACAGAGCACAGUACCCCUGUCAACAGGCUGGUCAGAGACAGCAGGAUACUUCCAGCCAUCUUUCAAGUCAUUGCAGAGCACCAGGGCAACCUGUUGGGCGGAACCAUGCAGAAUGCCACGGCCCUCCUCAGCAAUCUGACUGGACCGAAGGAUGCCGACCUACAACCCUUCUACCAGCAAGGUCUGGUGGAGGUGGUCUGCAGUGUCUUCAGCCAGGCGGCCAUCCUGUACGCCGAGAUGGAGGAGAGCCCCGGGAAGAGGAGUAGCCACGUCCUCCUGCUGGCUCUCCUGGACACCCUGCAUAAUGUACUGAAGAGCACCUCCUAUGUGGUGCGCCUCGCCGUCCAGACACAGACGGCUGAUUCCCAGGAGGAGACGCAAGCUGCUGAGGAACUCCUUCUCAUCAACAGACCUCUGACAGGACUCACCUCCCUGCUCAUUCAGAUGCUGCCGUGUGGUGACGUGGAGGUGUACGAGGAGGCCAGCCAGUGCCUGUCCCUGCUGAUGCAGCUGUACGGCGGGGACGGCCCCUCGGCCCUCUGCCCGCUGAACCUCCAGAGACUCAGCCAGACGCUACAGCUCCAGACACAGCCCAGGCAGCAGAGACUGCUGCUCCGCAUCAUCAGGCGCCUGAUCACAGCUACAACAGACAGUUUGUGGUGCGGCACGGCGGAGGGUCAAGAGCUGGUCCAUGUUCUUCAGAGACUGAGUCACGCUGCCAGGUGUGUUUCCAACAGUCUCCCGCUCCCUCCUCACUCUGUAGAUCUGCAGCUUUGUCAUCGGGGCUCUGCUUUGAUCCAUUCAUGUGGGAGGCCAGGGCAGGGUUGUGCGAUGAAAGAUUCCUUGAGCCGUUGCGUCUGGAACCGGGGAUAGUGGCCCAUUGUUGGGCUGCUAGAGGCCUCUCACCCCUCCCUCUCGUUCUGCUCACC